CAUCUUUUCGUAUCGUAUCGUAUCGUAUCGUACUCAGGUCGCGCUCACGCAGCGGCGCUAGGACCACGAGGUUAAACUGCAGCGCCAAACUCAUCUCUGCCUAUUUGACUGAAGAGACUUCAGUAGGCAACACACAUACUGUCCUGCCUUUCUCCAGGAAACCGAUUCAUCUUAUAGGACUUGAGUACAGAUGUGUAAUAGACUAGACUAAAAGCCUGCAAGUGGAGUAUAUCUGCGUGUUAGUGUGGAGUGAUUUUUUUUUCUGGAAACGUGUGACAUUUAAGUGGAGACGCGCAUAAAGUGGAAAUGGGAGGAAACACCAGAGCACGAAUAGCCGGUGCACUUGAAGACGAAGACGUGAUUUGGAUUUGAACAGAAACUUUUUUAAGACACCAUUUUAAAGGUUCUUCUAUUCUUAGCCAUGGCGCAUUACUGGAGAUCGAGCUUGGCACGUUUCUACGUUGUUGGUCAGCUCCUCUUACUUCUCCUAUCCAAGUCUUCUCUGUCAAUGAGCGCAUCCACUGACUUGUCCCUGAAUCCACACAUCCCAUCUCUGGUGCCUCACACCAGUUUGGCUCUCUCUCGUUCCCGUUUCAGUGCAAAGGCCCAGCUGGACUUUACCACCCACUGCAAUGCCAGCUGCUACCACAAGGUAGAAGACAUUGACAAAGAACAUCUAACUGAGCAGCUGGCCUUCGAAACACUGUAUGCGGAUGGCUCACGUACACUAACCACUGUCAAUCUAGAAGAUGAUGAUGCUGACAGCAACAUUUCUUCUGCACUGUCCAUCAAGAGGAAGCCUAAACUCACAUUCCCUCACAAAAGAACAAGAAGGCAAAUCUAUGGUGCAGAUGGACGCUUCAACAUUCGUGGUGACCACUUCCUGUUGGAUUACCCCUUCUCCACAGCUGUACGCAUCUCAACAGGCUGCACUGGUGUUCUGGUAUCCAAACAACAUGUGCUGACCGCUGCCCACUGUGUACAUGAUGGAAAAGAUUAUGUCAAAGGUGCACGUAAGCUCAGAGUUGGUUUCCUCAUACCACCUUCAGCUACUAAUACCACAGAAGACAUGAAAAAGGCCUUGGUGCGCUGGGUGAGAGUUCGGCGGACACGUGUGCCUAAAGGAUGGAUACAAGGACCCCAGGAUGUCAGCAUGGAUUACGACUAUGCCCUUUUGGAACUGCGUUGGCCACAUCGCCGCCCAUUUAUGCGCCUUGCUGUAGCUCCUUCUUCUAAUGAUUUGGCUGGAAAACGCAUCCAUUUCUCUGGGUUUGACAGCGAUAGGCCAGGAGAGCUUGUGUAUCGUUUCUGCCCUGUAGAAGAUGAGAGUAAUGAUCUAAUAUACCAGCAUUGUGAUGCAAGACCUGGGGCUAGUGGGUCUGGGGUGUAUGGUCGUGUAUGGGAUGAUGUUCUGGAGCGUUGGGAGCGCAAGGUGAUUGGCAUCUUCUCAGGACACCAAUGGUUGGAGAUCAACGGUGAAAGCCGUGACUACAAUGUAGCCGUCCGUUUCACUCCCCUGAAAUUUGCUCAGAUCUGUUACUGGGUGCAUGGAAACAAAGCAGACUGCAGUCAGUACUGAUUUAGAUAAGCAUGAGAAGAAAGAAGGAGAGGAAUGAAAAACAUGAGCUUUUAAGUUAAAGGCAGCCCUUGUAUAGACAAAGCAUUUAUAGGCAAUUCAAUAAAGGGUUCUUGGAAUCAUCAAAUGAUUUUAGAUUUGAUCAUCAAAGUAAAUCCAAAUUGGAUCAGAUAUCAUGUUUGCAUAUAAUUGGACAUUUACUGUACAUUUAAAUUAGUAAACACUGUUGCCUUUCCAUUUUAAAUAUUCAACUAGGAUUAUUUGGUUAGGAAUUCUGAGAAAUGACACACAAGGGUGUGGAAUUGUACACUUGUCAGUCAGUACAGAUAUAAAACAGAUAUUACAGUUAUGUUGUUGUGACUUUCUUAAAUAAUCACAACAUUCAGUACACCUCGCAAGUAGUUGGUUUUAAACCAGACACGGUGUACAACCCAAUAACGAAUCUUCUAGCAUGUGCCCAUGUUAAUCAAUAGCUACAUGUACAUGCAGCCUCCUAUUCAGUAUUCCAUAUAAAAUGUUUAUGUAUGAACAGUAAGAAUAGAGUAAAUCUAUUGAAGCUAGUCAGAAUGAACUUUUGCUCAAACUAGGUCAUAAUCUGAUAAUUGAAUAAUAAUAGUCAUUUCAUUGUUUUUUAAAACGUGUUUGCUUCAGAGUGCAAAUAAUUGUAAAGUGGGAAUGGCCUCAAAUGUACAUUUUGAGGCUGAUACUGAAGCAAAUAAAGUUGGAGGCUCAGCAAUAUUCCCAGCCAAGACAUUAGCUAUUAAUAAUGGUAAUGUUAGAAGAUGGGUACAGGCAAUAUAUAUAAAGUAUAUGGCCAAAUGUUUGUAGACAUCUAGCCAGCAUACCCAUGUAUGAUUUUUGAACAUCCCAUGCCAGAUUUAGCCCUCCUUUGCUGUUAUAACAACCUCCAUUCUUUCCACUAGAUACUGGUGCAUGGCUGUGGGCAACUGUGCUUAUUCCCCCUGAGUGCAGGCAGGCCCUGAUGUUGUGUGAGAAGGCCUGGGGUGGAGUCAGCAUUUCAGUUCAUCCCAAAGGUGUUCAGUGGGUUUGAGGUCAGAGUGCUGUUCAGGUUAUUUGAGUUCUUCCACUACAAACCUGGCAAAUUAUAUCUUCAUAGAACUUGCUUUGUGUACAGAAGCAUUGUUGUGCAGGAACAAGUUUGGGCUUAUGAAGUGAAUUUUAAAGGCUACAGCAUUCAAAGGCAUUCUAUACAGUUGUGUGCCAUAAACAGUUUGGGGUUGUCCAUGUAGUUUACCUGCUUGUAACCAAUGAUAAAUGUUUGUACUUUUUGUAAGCAACAAUCCUUGCCCUUGAAAUUUGAGGCAAAUACCAAAUGCCAAGCACAUUUAUUGGGGCCACAAACUCUUCUGAUUGUCUCUUUAGCAAUGACAUUUAGAUGACAUUUUGCUAAAACAAAUUAAAAAAUUAAUUAAAAUAUGAAUAUAAUUGCAUGUAAGCACAGGCAUUCUAGAUUUAAAAGAAAGUACUACAAAAUACCAUUUAUGGUAUAAUGUGCAUUCUAGGCCUAUAAUAUUAUUUUAAUAGGUAGUACUGCAGUGAACUAUCGCUAAAUUGCUGUAGGUUGUCUGGAAUGAAAAAAGAUAACUAAAUUUUGUUUCUUUCAAAUACAUGCUUGCGUAAUCUGUGUAUCACAAAUCGAGCUGUGAAUUAUUCAACUACUAGACAUAUUGUUUCAAAAUGGCAUCUACGCUUCACUUGAGUUUAUGAUAAUUAUGAGUCAGAUAUGCCUGCACACAGAACCCCUGGAGGUAAAAUAUUCAAGGUCUGGUGUUUGAUCCAAUAUGGUGUACAUACUACUUAAGCAUGCUCUUUCAACACUGUGUAUAGGAAUUCAAAAAAUAAUAACAAUAAAAAAUCUCACCGGAUUAUCUUACCAGCUUUUAGUAUAGGUACAUGGGUGAUGCAUGUUCGCAACAAUAUCAAGGUCAGUACAUGUUGCACAUACUAACCCACUGCAAGUGAACUCAGAACCAAAGCCUCACAGAGUGGUUGGGGCGAGUCACGUGACUUCUGGUGAUUGAUCUGAAUAAUUGAAUUUAGACGGUGACGCUUACAAUUAUAACAUUGUGCAGUCUUUGUCUGAUAUUAACCUGUUUCAAAUAUUGAGGUAACUGGGGCACUUUAAUUCUGCUAUUCAUGAUUAUGAUAGAGUAAACUGGUUUAGUCAGUGAUAUAAAUUUGUGUUUUAUAGAAUAAUAUAGAGGCUAAUUUAAUUUCUGGGUGUAGGAACAGUUAAUGGAUGUUAGAUAGAACAUCUGAACAUAAACUCAUCUGUGUUAUUUUCCUGGGUAAAUAUGAUUAGAAUUCAGACUUUAGCAAGAAAAUGUAUGCAACACAGACAUGACUUGCUAGACUGGAUAGCAAGUACAAUACAUGUGGAUCCAUUGGAUAAUCUUUUUUUUUUUUUUUUUUUAUCAAAAUGCUUAUAUUUUAAUAAACAAAAAGAUGUCGACCGUAAUUGUUUCUCU